AUGACAGACUUCCGCCUUCUAGAUCUCCCAGCCGAACUCCGAUACCACGUAUACUCUUUCUUGAUCCCACAAAACAUGGCGAUCACAUUCGAACACUGUGGUUGGUUGGAGAGUGGCGAACCUGACUGGACUACCAACGGGUUUCGAAACGGUGAAGACGUCCCCUCUAAGGUAGGAGGUAAUCACUUCUACAGGAACACCUCAGUGCGUCGCUGGAACCAUAUCACGGUUGAGACGCAGCUAUUCCGAGUGAACAAAUUCGUCUCAAAUGAAGCGCUAUCGGUUCUUUACGGAUCGAAUACAUACAAAUUCACUGUCCAUGGACAAACCAUGUGGCCAAAGUCACUACGGAGUCCAUUCGUCUUCGGACCUCUUGGCCACCCCGAUCGGCUCCCAUUACUACGCAAUCUACGAAGCAUCCAUAUCGAGGUAAUUUCUGAUGUCAAUAGCCAUUGGGCAGUUAAGCGUCAGCGGUCACGAUUAGAGUAUCUUGUCGAAACCCUAAAAGAGCAUGCAGAUGACAGCGACCAGAAGCCUCUAUUGGACAACCUGAAAGUCGAUUUUCAGUUUGUCUCACAAAUGACAGUUGAAUCUAUCUAUAGGAACACUGCCGGCCAUAUCGCGCAUCUCUGUAUUCCCAUGAACAUGGAGAAGUUCAUUUUCGGUCUCGAAAGCCUCUCAUCACUUCGUGGCAUCAAGGAUGUGGAGAUUACUGGGUUACCGGAGUGGUAUACGAAGUGUCUACAAUUAUCGAUACAAGGUAAAGGAGGAGAUCUUAAAGAGACGGACUGGCUUCUUGUUGGAACCAGGCGUCGUGUGAGCAGGAAUAGCGCGCACUGGAAGAAGCAGUUGGUAUCGACUCGCAAAUGGCAUCAGCCCACGCUGGAUUGGAAGGAGUUUGCGGAGUGCAAUGAUGUUACCACUCCAGUUGACAUCGACAAGUUCUGGGCAAUCGAGAGAUAG